AUGAAUAGAAUCCCAAUUACAGAAGAACUUAACCAUAUGGGUAUUUCUAUCGAAAACCAAAUUUGUCAAUUGUAUGGAAAAUGUAAUGAAUCUGUUAAGCAUCUCAUGGUGGAAUGCGACUUUUCCAAGGAGGUAUAUUACUGGAUAAUGCGUUGGUGUGGGUUUCUUAGUAAAGUUAUCGACUUUGUUGCUCCAGGAGGGAACUACCCAAGGAAAAAGGAAAUUACUAAGAUGAUACUAUAUUCUACCUUGUGGAAUAUUUGGUUAACCAGAAAUGAUAAAGUUUUCAAUAAAAUGGGGGUUAAUCUUGCAAAAACAGUAGAUUCCAUCGUAGCACAAUCAUUAGAAUUUAUCAAAUACAAAGGAACAGAGGCACAAGAUGGGUGGAUUGAAGUUGUUCUCAUUUUAUAG